ACGCCUUCCCUUCCCCUUCCUUUUUCCUUCUCCUCCCUUUUCCCUUUCCCUUCCGUCUCCCUUCUCUCUUCUCUUUCCUCUUCCUUCCUCUCCUUUUCUUUUCCAGGGGCAUCCGGGACUGUCGGCGAGAGGAGAGCGGCGUCUGCCAUGGCCAAUGUGCUCUGUAACAGAGCAAGAUUGGUCACCUACCUCCCAGGGUUUUAUUCCUUAGUCAAAAGAGUUGUAAAUCCCAAGGCUUUUUCCACAGCAGGUUCCUCUGGCUCAGAUGAGCCUCAUGUGGCUGCUGCACCUCCUGAUUUAUGUCCCAGGACUGUGUGGCCAGAUGAAGUGAUGGGGCCCUUUGGACCUCAGGAUCAGAGAUUCCAGCUGCCUGGAAACAUUGGCUUUGACUGUCACCUCAAUGGCACCGAUUCCCAGAGGAAAAACCAAGUUUCCAAGAGUCUCCCUGAUAUUUUAGCAGAGCCUUCAGCCGGUGAGAGGCAUGAAUUUGUGAUGGCACAAUACAUCAAUGAGUUCCAGGGUGCUGGUGCUCCCCAGAAGCAGCAAAUAAAUAAUGCUGAAACCUACUUUGAAAAUGCCAAGGUGGAGUGUGCAGUCCAAGCUUGUCCUGAGCUCCUACGAAAAGAUUUUGAAUCCAUGUUCCCAGAGGUGAGUCCCAACCGCCUGACUGUGUUAACUGUCACCCAGAAGACCAAAAAUGACAUGACUGUGUGGAGCCAAGAAGUGGAGGAUGAGAGAGAGAUGCUCUUAGAAAAUUUCAUUAAUGGUGCCAAGGAAAUUUGCUAUGCAAUUUCUUCUGAGGGCUACUGGGCUGAUUUCAUUGAUCCAUCCUCAGGACUGGCAGUAAGUGUGAAAUUUGUCUUCUUGUUCGAGACGGACGAGCGUUACAGGCACUUGGGAUUUUCCGUGGACGACCUCGGCUGCUGCAAAGUCAUCCGGCACAACCUCUGGGGCACCCACGUGCUGGUGGGGAGCAUCUUCACCAACGCCGAGCCCGACAGCCCCAUCAUGAGGAAACUCAGUGGCAAUUAAAGCCCUUUGCACCCUUUGACUUGAUGAUCCUCUCCAAGGAAAUGCCACGUUUUCAAGUGUUCUUAGGUAAUAAAGUAGCUGUUAUUUAUUCUCAGUCUUUGUGUUCACCACACGUGACUUGGAAAGAUGAAUUGGCGGCGUCCAAACAGAUCCUUUUGUGCCACACGAGUUUCCAGCUGUGAGUUUCCUUCAUCUUAAAUGAGUUUAAAUUUACAAGUACAUAGUUAUCUGCAUUUCCUUUUUAAUUUUAUCACACAAGCCACACUUUUCAACCAUUUUGUCUUUCAGUGUCCAACAAAUCUGCUUAGUAAUAAAAAUCCUGAUGCCACUGAAAUUUGUAGGAAUUGUACCACUUAAUCAUUUCAGUAAGUGGCAAAAAAAAGUGGAAUAAGUAAUAGAAGUAAUAAGUCACCACAUGUGACUUGGAAAGAUGAAUUGGCAGCAUCCAGACAGAUCCUUUAGUGCCACACGAGUUUCAAGCUGUGAGUUUCCUUCAUCUUAAAUGAGUUUAAACAUAGUUACUUGCAUUUUGUUUUUUAAUAUUUUUUAAUAUCAUACAAGACACACCUCUCAACCACCUUGUCUUUCAAUGUCCAGCAAAUCUGCUUAGUAAUAAAAAUCCGGAUGCCACUGAAAUUUCUAGGAAUUCUGCCACUUACUGAAAUGACUAAGUGGCGAAAAAAAGAGUGGAAUAAGCAAUAAAAUUGUGCUCCCAGAAUAUAGAAUUUUAUAAAAACUACAGAAGUUAAUACUGGACUAAUCACUUACUCAGUGUUUUAAAAAGAGGAUAUUGAGAUAAGCUCUAAAUACAGGUAAUACUUUAGUAAGGAAGUGUUCACUCAACUGCUACAUCCACAGACUCCAUAAAAAGUCUUAAAUUACUCUAAAAUCAGUCAUCUCUUAUUGUUUUUGGUUUUUUUUUUUGUCUUCAUGGUGCUUGGGAUUUAUUUUCUCAAUGUUAGCUAAAUAUAUUUAAUUAGUUUAUAUAUAUAAAGGUAAUUUAAAGUUGCUUUUGUAACUUUCUUAGGUCAUUAAAUACAGGAGGGGAAAAAAAAGAUAAUAGAGCAAUGCCUGGAUAUCAUCAUUGUUUUCCUGGACUCUGAUGCAAUUUGGACUUGUCUCUGGAAUUUUGAAAUGCCUGUGCAAAGAGCAAUUAUGAUCAAUUAGUGCAAUUAUAAAAGGAGGGUUUCAGUAAAUCAGUUCAGGCUCUUCAGGGAUCACAAAAACAAUCAGAUCAGUUGAAGGCACUGGGGGAAGAACAGGGAAGACAUUUCAAGGCACUUGGAACACCUGGAAUUUCAAUGCCUUGAAAUUUGGCUCCAUAGGUGAAGGAAUAAAGCAGAUUUUAAUCUCAUCACAGUUUUGGGGCCAUUCUUUAUGACACCCCUGCAGUCAUGUAACAAUGGGAAUCCCUCAGUCUUGACUCCAUCAGAAAGUUGAAUUUUGAGGAUAAUGACUGCCCAGGAUGAGGAUCCAAGAGUUUCAGCUUCCCCUCAGGUAGCCUGGGAUUUUAUCCUUCUGUCUUUUCCCAGUGUUCACCAACAACAUGAAUUUAAACCUUGUCCUGGGUGUGUGUAGUUCUUCUGUUCCCUACUCAGGUCUCAGCCAGUUUCCACCAAAGUCCUUUUCUUGGCUUUAAUGGCUUUAGAACCAGAUCCUUUCCCAAGUGCCUGUCCCUGUCCUUGGGAACUUUGCUGGACCAGGGAGGUGGAAGUGAGGAAGCCUUUCCCUUGGAGAAGUGAGGAAGCCUUUCCCCUGGAGAAGUGAGUGCUGCCCACCCUGAAUUCCCUCCCAAAGCCAGCAAUUCCAAGGUUAUCCUACUCACCUUCCCUUCACUGGCUCUACUCUGCCCGCAUUCCAAGGUUUAAGUGUGUGGCUGCUGGGGCAGGAUUUUUGUUUUUCCCUUUGUCCUGGAAUUUGUGCUGUAUUUCCAGAGCCCCAGUUCUUACCCUCUGCUCUGCUGUCCAAGAAAACUGUCACUUCAAAGUCUUUUAUUGCUGUUUGAUUUCCUCAUUCUCAUCAAGAGGAUUAAAAAAGCUUGAGAAGCU